AUGGUGUACCAAGAUCCUCUCACAAAAGUUUUGAUUCUCAAAUUUUUUAUUUCUAAAAGAGCUGCAGAAAUAGCCUACAACCUAGUGGAGAUAUUCUCGUUACUUGGAGAUCCAUCUAUAUUACAGUCUAACAAUGGCAGGGAAUUUGCUAAAAAUAUGGUGAUCAGCUUGAAAGAGUUUGGGCCAGCACUGAAGAUCGUCACUGGGAAGCCUCAUCAUUCACAAAGCCAGAGUAGUGUCGAAAGAGCUGAUCAAGAUAUCGAAAAUAUGCCCUGUACUUGGAUGCAGGACAACAAAUCUGGCCGCUGGAGUGAAGGACUGCAUUUUGUUCAAUUUAUAAAAAAUAGAGCUUAUCAUUUUGGGAUCAAAAGAAAGAACACCAUACGAAGCUCUUUUUGGCUGCAACCCUAA